AUGAAGUCCAAUAGACAUUUCCAGUCCUCCAGCAACUUGGUGGCACAAUCAAAACAAAAACCCCGAACUUACAAGCAGCCAUGGCGGAAACUCAUGUGGUUGGACCAGAACUAUCCUGAUAACUACGUCGAUUCGUCGUUCUUGUCCCAAUUGAAAAGAAACACCACGGUAUCACAAUACUCGUAUUGGAAGCUUGUCAGUGACUUCAGCUUGAUUAGUAUGCACUUGUGCGAUACCUCCAUCGUCAUAAUCAUCUUUUACGGGCUCUACAACCGCAAUUGGUCCCCGUACAUGCCCACGUUGAUUUGUUCGUUGCUCACAAUAUUGGGGUACUUUGCCUGGGAUUUUUUGGCGAUUCUAAAAAACAAGGUCAGUGGUAACCUCCAAGAAAAGCUCUCGACCCUCAAAUCAUCGCUUUUGAUCGUGUUCACUAUCUUGACCUUGUCUCCCGUGCUUAGAUCUUUGACGAAAUCCACCUCGUCGGACUCGAUUUGGGCCCUUAGCACCUGGUUGACGAUUUUCAAUGUCAUCUGUCAUAAUUACGAGUUCGAUAUCUCUAAAGAAAUCAAAUACCGGGCAUCAGUGCUCUCAACGAACAUCUUGUUCUCGAACGUGAUUGUAUUAUCCUCGAGACUCAGCUCCAACAUGUCGGUAUUUUGCUUUAUUUUGGUGUCUAUCCAAGUGUACGGGUUGUUCCCGGUAUUCCAAUAUAGACUAAGAAAGAAUUUGAGCCAUACAAUAUGUUCGUGGCUUGGGAUCGUGUACUUUGCCAUUGUCAGUAUGUUGAUGUCGAGAAUAAUCCAGAAUUAUAUCAUUGUUUUCAGCUGGUUUUCCAUCAACUUCUUUAUAAUCUUUUUUUGUCCCGGGUACUUUAUCUUCCUACAACAGUAUAAGAACGAGCUCCAAGGACCCUGGGAUCCUGCUAGACCAAAAUUCUAA